AGCCCCUGCCUCCCCCACACCAAUCCUCCCCUUGUUAAAAUUUUCCUUCCUGUCUCUCUGUUUUCUCUCUUUUUCUUUCCUUCUGUCUGUUCACGCUUGUCGCUUUGCAUUGCCAGAAUGGAGUAGUUAGGCAGGCUUCAACUACCAAUGUUAUUUGUGAAAGCAUUUGGUGUCCUCUUUCCUGCUUCCAUCACCACCAGCAGUAUUCCCCAGAUUAAUUAUUCACCGAUCGCCAAGCAAGAGGAGCCAUUUGAUAGCGAGACCUUGCUACAGUGAUAUAGACCGGAGACAGAAAUUACAACUGGACCUCAGGUGAAAAGCGAUACUUCUGUUUAAAAAAAUUUUUCUUUCACCCUCCUUCCUCGCACCACUUGACACCCUGCAACUAGAAUCUUAAAGGAAAGCCUUUCUAAUUUUUCUUCCCUGUGAGUAAGUUAUAUCUCUUCCUCAUGUUGAUCUCCAGUAAGCAGUUGCCGAUCGGCCGCUCCCAGAGCUGGGACACGCUGGGUGGGAAUGAGGGUCAUUGGGAGCGCAGUGACAGUGUUUACGAGCAGCAGGCCCGGAUGGCUGGUCGACGCAACUCACUGAGGUAUGGAGCGGAUGCGGGAGGGGGAUGGUAUGAACCACCGCCUGGAGUGCGUCCCCCUGACCUGGAUUUGAAAUGGGAGCAGGACUCCUACCAGGAAUCUCUUUACAAUCAGGGAUAUUUGGAUCGUCCGGACCCCCGUAACGUAAGAAAGAACUCUGUUCCUGAGUUGAACAGCCAUUACGAUCGGCUACCCAUGGCUCACCGUGGUUCCCUGGCACACCACGAUUACUAUCAGCAAGACUCAGGCAUGCCACCACGGCCAACAGAGGGUUUUUAUCAUGGAGAGCAACCCCAUUCUCUUAAUAGGCCAUCUUCACAUUAUGGAAUGAUGGCUGGUCCUCGGCAACUGUGGGAACAGAGCUCAGGAGGUCGGCCUUGUUCUGCUGCUGCAACACCUGGCAUACCUCCUCCCCCACCUCCAACUGCUCAUGACAUGGGUCGUAUUUACAGAGAACCGUCUCUGCCUGGACCCCCACCUGCUACUCCUGGCACCAAAAUGAUGCAGGAUGGUCAACGCAUUCCAAGCCAAGCGCCAUCUCCAGCUCGUUAUAUAACGGAGCCAAAUUCUCCAUGUUACGGUGCUGAGCCACCUGCCUCUCUCACUAGCCAUUCAGUCUACAGUGAUGUUAACGGAAGGCCGAUUGAUCCUCAUCAGCCAACCCCCACCUGCCUGGUGGUUGAACCAGUUGCUCAAGGAAUGGAUGGAACUGCCCGAGGUAUGGUCAUGCAUCCAGAAAACACCUCAACAUACACCAUACAGCAGCAACAGCAAGCCCAACAACAGGCUCAACAACAAGCACAGCAACAAAUGCAACAACAAAUACAUCAAAAGCAAAUGCAGCAGGUUCAGCCAGUCCAGCAAAUGCAGCAAGCUCAGCCACUGCAACAAAUGCAGCAAGUUCAGCCACUGCAACAAAUGCCGCAAGUUCAGCAAAUGCAGCCUGUUCAGCCAGUGCAGCAAGUUCAGCAGGUACCACAGGUUCACCUAGUGCAGCAAGUUCCACAUGUGCAACUCGUGGCACCCCCAAAUCCUGUCUAUACUCCAGCUCCCCCUACAGCCCCUGCCCCAGUAAACACUCCAAGUGUGGCUACUAUUCCUGCUCCGUUACCUCAAGUUCUUGCUCAGCCUUUUACUGCUGCUCCUCCUCCCACUGUUCCUCAGACCCCAGUGGCUCCUGUAGAUCCUAAAAAAAAUGUGGAUCCUGAUUUUCUGGCAUUGCUGCAAAAAGAGGGCGUCUCGGAAAGCACCAUCACUUCUCUACUGCAGCAGGGCUUUGACUCCACUGCAAUGUUGGCUGUUAUGGAGGAAAAUGAUGUGCGUUCAGUGGCCCCAAACUUGGGACAAGCUCGGGUUCUGUCUCGUGUUGUGCUUGGUUGUAAGCGACCACCUGAAAUCCUUCCUGCUACCCCCCUACAUCCCAGUGCUCCGGUCCGUGGCAGAUCCAACAGCUUUAGCCAUCGCAGUGACAUUUACGUGCACCAGCCGCCACCCUUGACUCCGGGCUUGGAGUUCCAGUAUAUGAAGCCACCCUCUACCCACAUGCAGACUAUAUCUCCAAGGAUAGGUGAAGGUUAUAGUCGCAGACCCAGCAGUGCUCCCUCCCAGCAGCUUCUUGAAACCAGUGGGUAUCCUGGAGCCAGGUCUGCAGGAGCAUACAGUGGUGCUAUGGUUCCAGUCCAGCCUCGCCCAUUGUCAGGCUACAAUCCAUAUGCUGGACUGCCCAUGCCACCUAUGACUGCAAUGUCCCAACAGGUAGCCAUUCCAUCACAUCUACCAGGAAUACCAACACAAAUCCAUGCAAUGCCACAACCAUUGCCAGCACUGCCUGCAGUUCCCCAACCAAUGACUGUGUCUGCUUUGCCAACUCAGCAGGCUCCAAAGGCAUACACCACCAACUAUACUGUACCAAUGGAGUUGAUGAAGAGGGAUCGGAGUUUGGCCACGAUGUCGCCCAUGCCUAGUCCCCAUGUAAGCCCACAAGUAAUGCGCAAGGCUGGAGUGUUCUCAGACGGAGUACUAGUUCCGAUUGGUGGUGCUGUCCCAGGCCAAAAUGCGAGUUUGGCUAAUCAGAAGUUCAGCCGGCGUACUGGACCUCCAGUCAUUGUGUCCACUAUGGCAUCGCCCGACACAAGUAUAAGGCCGCAAAUCAUGAACGGUCCGAUGCAUCCUCGGCCACUGGUCGCUCUGCUGGACGGGAGGGACUGUACCGUAGAGAUGCCCAUCCUGAAGGAUUUGGCCACUGUGGCGUUCUGUGACGCUCAGUCAACACAGGAAAUCCAUGAGAAGGUGUUGAACGAGGCGGUGGGGGCGAUGAUGUACCACACCAUCACUCUGACCAGAGAAGAUCUGGAGAAAUUUAAAGCCCUCCGAAUCAUAAUCCGCAUCGGUAGUGGAUAUGACAAUAUUGAUAUUAAAGCAGCUGGAGAGAUGGGUAUUGCGGUGUGUAAUAUUCCAUCAGCUGCUGUGGAGGAGACGGCAGACUCAACGCUUUGCCACAUCCUGAACCUGUACAGGAGGAACACCUGGCUGUACCAGGCCAUGCGUGAGGGCACACGGGUCCAGAGCGUGGAGCAGAUCAGAGAGGUGGCGUCAGGGGCCGCCCGCAUCAGAGGAGAAACACUCGGACUUAUUGGCUUUGGCCGAUCGGGACAGGCAGUGGCUGUUCGAGCGAAAGCAUUUGGCUUCAAUGUGAUCUUUUAUGACCCGUACCUGCAAGACGGUUUAGAGCGAUCGCUGGGCGUCCAGAGAGUUUACACCUUGCAGGACCUCCUGUACCAGAGCGACUGUGUGUCUCUCCACUGCAACCUAAACGAACACAAUCACCACCUCAUCAACGACUUCACCAUCAAACAGAUGCGACAGGGAGCAUUUCUAGUCAACACAGCACGAGGGGGUCUGGUGGAUGAAAAAGCCCUGGCUCAGGCUCUCAAAGAGGGCAGGAUACGGGGGGCCGCCCUGGACGUUCACGAGUCUGAACCCUUCAGUUUUUCUCAGGGUCCUCUGAAGGACGCGCCCAAUCUGAUCUGCACCCCUCACACGGCGUGGUACAGUGAGCAGGCCUCACUUGAGAUGAGAGAGGCAGCGGCCACUGAGAUCCGCAGGGCCAUCACCGGUCGUAUUCCAGACAGUCUCAGAAACUGCGUCAACAAAGAGUUUUUUGUGACUACGGCGCCGUGGGGGGUGAUGGAGCAGCAGGUACAUCCGGAGCUCAACGGCGGAGCCUACAGGUAACAUAAGAGAUCUUAAACAUGCACAGAACGCCAUCUAUUUUUUCAUACUUCACCUAUUUUAUCUUGCUAAUCCUUUUACUGUCCAUCCCUGAGUUUUUUACCAUCUCAA